UUGUUAUUUGCUUCUAAUGUUGUUUAUAAAUGAAGGAAAUAAUGUUAAUGUAUAUAGAUUUAUAUAUAUAAAUAGGUGUAUUGAUAAGGUCCACCCUUCUGAGUAUCUAUCGAAUUCUUAAAUAUAUCGAACUCACACGGACGGACGCUCCCUUGAGCGGACAAGGGUUUUCCCAAUUCUACAACGUUUCUAACGCCCUUGGACAAAUGAAAGAAUUGCUGCUGACCUGAAACCAUUACUUGCCAGUUGUAAUGCCACCCGAAACACCCGACAAACGCAAGUGCCCCAGGAAAUUACUUACUCUAGAGGAGAAGCUGGCCGUGAUCCGGACGCAGGAGGAUGAAAAGCUAACAGUACGGGAACUGGCCAAUAGAUUUAACAUUGGUAAAACGCAGGCACACGAGAUCUUGAGAAACAAAGAUGCCAUUAACAACGGCCUGUUAUCCGGACACCUAAAUAUGAGCCAAGUGAGGAGAAAUCCCCUGAGCCAGCAUGGCGCCCACAUCGACGAGCUGGUCUUCGACUGGUUUUCUUUAACCAGAAAAGAUAAUGUCCCCAUUUCCGGCCAGUUUGUUCGCGAAAAGGCGCGGGAGAUAGCGGUGCAGAUGGGCUACGAUGGAUUUUCCGCAUCCCCUGGCUGGCUGCAAAAGUGGCGAAAGAGGCACAAUAUAAACUAUAAUGAAACUGGUGAUAGCCUGGAUGUGCAGGAGUUCGAGACCAUCCUGGUGAAGAGCGAGCCACUCUCGAACAGGGAGGACGACGACCUCUCGUCCGUGGAUCUGGUUAAACCCAUUUAUAGCAUCGAGGAGGCAAUGAUGCAGCUGGCUCGGUUGAAGGAAUUCGUCAAGGACGACUUUAUAUCCUACCAGCAGCUGGUCAGCUUGGAAAAUCAGUGGAGCUGGAAGUGGAAUAACUUCAAGAAGGGAGUUCCCUAACAUCAGUAGCU